UGGUAUUUUUAUGGGUAAGUGGAGGAACCGUAGAAUCUUUCGUCAACGAAGAUCUCCCAGGCCGCCUUCUGUGUUCUAUGACCUUCAAGCUCCUCUCCCUGAUUCCAUAUCUUCUUCAAACUUCUAUUUGGAAUUGCCGAAGACAAAUUUCGCGUUUUUCAUUUAGAGAUUUUCAGCAGGAUGGUAUACCCUUAUGGGAGAAGAAAUUUUGCACGUUGGUUGGAUUGGUGCCAUGGCAGAAAGUUGUUGACACCAAGAAUUUUGUGAGCUGCCACAGCAAUGUGCUUAAUUGGAAUGAUUCAGCUGCUGAAGAAGCAUUUCAAAAUGCCAAAAAACAAUAUUGGGCAGAGAUCAACAGCCUCCCUUGUGAUAUUUCUCUUCCUGAUUCUGACACUUAUAUUGAUCAAAUAGAUUGGAACCCCUAUAUUGAUCCUGAACUGAUAGAGGAUUUGGAUCGUGUGUACUGUCCUCCCCCUGAUGAGGAAGAAAGGAAUGCCGUAAGUUACAAGAGAACAAAAAUUUCAGCAGAUGUUGAAAAUUCUCUGGAAUUUGGUGAUACAGAGCUUGACAAAGCAUUGGAAAAUAAAGAUGGGUGGAAUCAAUGUGAAUCCGAUAAACACAAAAAUAGUCCUAGCAAUUCGGAAAAGAAUGCCAAUAACCCUUGGGAGUGCAGAGUAACUCGUGAAAAUCGGAAAUUACCUGACAAUAUGUGGGAAGGCGGUGGUGCCAAGGCUUGGGGUCGGAACAAAGUGAGUGGCCAUGGUGAUGACCUUGCGGACUGGGGCUGUGGAUAUAAUGCUUGGCAGAAUGAUACUAAAGGAUGGGGUAAAACAUGGGAUGAUAAUAAAGGAUGGGGCAAAGCUUGGGAUAACACUUGGAACCGAAAGAAAUCAAAUAAUUCCUUGAAAUCGAAAGGCCUUGGGAAUGCAAAACUAAUCUGCAUAAUAGGGCUUCAGCGGGCAGAGGGUGGGGAAACUGUGAAGAAAUGGCCCUGGAUGGAAGCAUCAGAGAAAUGCCAAUAAUGUUUCGGACAAUUUACAAUUCAGAAGAAAUUAUGGAGAUUGGACUGCCAGGAAUCAGAGUUUCCAGAAAAGGGAAAGUUAUCAUCAAUCCACCAUAGGAUCUCGAUUUCAAAGGGAUAGUCGUCAAACAGAUCAUCACUGGAGGAGGGAAGACUCAAAGAAGAGGGUCAGCUUUGCUUGU